CGAGAAGUGUCAAGCAUGCAUGCAUUAUUCAUGUUAUCAGUUCACCUAAAUGACCUUAGAUAGUGCCCUCUAUAAUUUCUGCCUGAACUGUAUUGGGGAAAAAUAAUGCAACCGGGACCCCUUUCUCAUUGGGGUUCAUUGAUUCAUGGAAUCAUUUUCAAGAGGGGAAAAACCUUGAAUUUUGAAGGAUUUAAAAGUCCUCAAAAGACACAUCAGAAUUCGGGAAUUCAAGAAUCAAAUUUUUUUUUAACUGACGCUUAUAGCAAUGAAUUUGGAUUUUCCAAAUUAUAGACCGUAAUAGGUAUUUCACACACAACUGAUUUCCAUGUCAGGUCAUUAAGAUAAGAUUAGCAAAACUGAUAAGCAAGCUGAUUAGCCAUCAUUGUUGGCCUAUCUCUGGAAUUUACAAAAAUCGUCGGUAUCUUGUGUUAUUACGCGGACCCUCACUGCGUCGUACGACUGUCGUACGACGCGUCAGUCGACGAAUCCAACUUAGCUUCCUGUGUUUUUUAGACCACAAUAUUACGGAUUGGCAAUCAAAAUAACGUUAUUUGGAUAUCCAAUUAUUAUUUUUGUUUCUGGACGAUUACGUCGGACAAACACCCUGGGGUAUUUAUUGUUGAGUAGAGCUUUUGAGGGGAGGCAUUUAUUUGCGGAGGGGCGUUUAUAUUUUGGUCUAAAAUUGAUACAUAUAUAUUCCUCUUAGCCUAAUUUCAGUGUAAAUGUGUAGUUAAUUACAACACAUAAUUACCAUCAAAAUGUGUUAUUGCUUGGUCAUAAAAACUUUCUGACCAACCAGGUCUUCAAAAGCACAGUAUGCUUAACUUUCGUUCAAUGGUGACGGCAAGAUUUGGCAAACAGGGAUAAGGCAAACUGGAUUCGGCAAACUGGGUUUCGGCAAAUUGAGAUGUCAUGAUGUCGGUGAACUGAUUCGACAAAAUGGGUGUCGGCAAAGUGUCCAUUGACUCGGUAAACUUGGAUUCGGCAAACUAGGUUUUGACAAACUGGGUGGAUAUUACAGUGGAUCUAGGCCAGAGUUGUGUUGAUUUCGGUGAACUGAUAUUCGGCAACUGUGUUUCGGCAAAGUGUCUAUUAACUCGGAAAACUGGUUUUCGGAAAAUUGGAUUUCGUUAAACAUUAAACAGUAAUAUUUUAAAUUUUGACAUUAUCAAGGCAACUGUACCUACAGCCAUUCUACUAAAUACUCUUUUUACUUUUCCGCCUCGGCCGCGUUCUGCUUUGUUCGUAAAACCUCUCCAUCUUGUUCUGUCCAAUACUGUGUUGAUUAUUUCCUACAGAUCCGGUAUUGUGUUGGGUUUUGUCGUUAGCGUGGUGAUUGGAUCUGUAGUAUUAAUGUCAAUAAUUGUCUAUUGGGAAUUUCCAAAAUCUUUUCAUUGUUGACUUAUAAUAUUACAAACGAAAAACAAACAAAAAGAAGUUAUAUAAGGGGCUUUGGCUGACCUUUUCUUCAUUUCAUUUUUGAGCGUCUUCAGCAUCAGUACAAGUCGCUGCCAACAUAAUGCUACGUUUGGGGGAUCGUACAUCACUUUACUACCUCGUUUGUGAUUUAGAAGCGACAUGUAUUUAUCCUCCACAACAGGACUGGGAAACUGAAAUCAUCGAAGUCGGAGCCAUUAUAUUGAAUUCAAACCUAGAAAAGGUCAGUGAAUUUCAAGAAUAUGUCCAACCGGUUAUUAAUGCAAACUUGACGCCAUAUUGCCUGGAACUCACGAAAAUCACUCAGGCAGAUGUUGACAGAGCAGGCAAAUUUCCAGAGGUGUACGGACGGAUGUUAACAUGGAUGAGGGAAAAUGGUUUAAUACUUCAACCAGUAAUGCAAAACUUUACUCUUAUCACAGACGGUGUUUUUGAUUGUAACCAGUACAUACGAUAUCAGUGCAUACAGUCCAAGCUCAAGUAUCCGGAAUGGGCAAAAAGUUUUGGCAACAUAAAAAAACACUUCACCAAAGUUCUACCACAUACGCGGAAGGCUGAUAAGAAAUCGAAUAGUAUCACUGAAAUGUUGGCAAUUUUAAACAUUCCAAUGGAUGGUCAGCUCCAUCGAGCCUUAGAUGACGCAAAACUUGUUGUGAAGAUAAUGAAAGGUCUUCGAAAAUUUCGUCCUAGAUUCGAAUUUCGGUCAAACGAAAUAUUAAGAACGAAUUGGGAAGUAAGAUUUUUCACUUAAAAAGCGAAUGAUGUGCAUUGGUCGUGUAGUGAAAUAUAUAGAUAUGUCAAAAUUGUUCAAAGACAGGCAAGUCUACUAAUGAAUGUUAGGGAAAAUCAACUAUUAGUUUUGUGUCGUGUUCUGGUAUAUUUGCAAAUGCAGCCGCAUUCCUAAUGACAAACAAUAGAUGGAUACGAUAAUACACGAUAUAAUCUUUAUUGUCAAAUUAACUUCCGUUCCAUUUGAGAUAUGUUUUGCAUUGUAUACUCAAGUAAGUGACAGAAAUAGCCAUACAUCAUUGUUAAAUAUAAGAAAAAGUAUGCCUCCUGCAAGAUUUAAACUCAAUAUUAAAUAUGCAUGCAGAUCACCCUCUAGUUGUAAAGACCAGAAAGUGGUCUUUAACUCAAGACAAAUCAAAUACUUUUAUUUUAUACAAUUGAUAUAAUACAAGAUGCAGAAUAAAAUACAGUAAUUGAAACACAUAAAUUGUAUAGACGGAGGCUACAAUAAAUUUCUGCAAAUGAGUCUUGUAUUUAUACACUUAUGUGGCCCAAGUGAACGUUCAACGUUUAUUUUUAUGAAAAUAUUUUAUUUAAAAAAAAUUAAGACCAAAGCUGCUUAAGACCAUGAAACCCCUGGUUCAAAAAGUGGUCUUUAACUCAAAUCAAAUCAAAUAUACUUUUAUUUCUAUACAAUUGAUAUAAUACAAGAUGCUGAAUAAUAUACAGGAAUUGAAACACGUAACCAAAAGGUCCACUGAAUAAUCUCAGAUAAGAUAGUAUAAUACAUACUCCAAGUAUCGAAAUGCACGCCAUCCUGUCGGGAUUCAAUAUUUCGACAUUAAUUAUGUCAUCAUCAGGAAUCACAUAAAUUGUAUAGACGGAGGCUACAAUAAAUUCAGCAAAGGAGACCUGUUUUUUAAUAAAGCCCUAUUUCCUGAGGCUAAAUUUUCUAAAGAUUGUUGCUCAUGAUCUAAAUUCACGAGAAAACUCACGACACUAGCACAAAAACAAUUGCUGGAUAGUUCAGUAAAAGAUCGAGUAAGGCCUAAGAACCACUUUUGUAACCAUCAACCCCUGUAAAAUCCCCUCAUCAGAUUUAAUCCUGUAAAUUAGGCUACAAAUGCUAGGAAGUACCAAAUAGAAGCAGAAGACUAAAAACAAUCUGUUAUAAUAGGAAUUUUAUUUAAGAUGUCUUGUAAAGUUGAUAUACAGUACUUCGAGCUAGCAGAAUAUGAAGCUAUUGACACGUUGUGUAUCUAUUUCUUACUUCAAUUUUAUAAUUAAUAAAGACUGUAGAAUGGUUUAUGAGCUGUCAUCAAUUUAGUAUAGGUAUCACAUCAAGAAAUAGACAUCAGAAUAAGGAAUAUAACUUAUUGUAAUAAUAUUAGACUAUAAUACAUAAAUAUUAUUCACAAUAAUGAAUUUGAGACCAGCGCCUAACCACGUUAGUGGUAAAAGAACACAGCCUGUCAGAAAAUAGUUUGGGGUAUUUUAAGUCAUACGAACAUUGAGUAAAAUUCAUAGCUCAAGGUGCAUCGUCCUCUCUUUACAUAUUGUGAAAUGUAACUCAAGCGGAUAUUAGGCCACAAUGGCAAUAUUUUAGGAAAUGUAAUGAAAGCAAAAUCGAGAUUUUGGAAAAGAAAUAAUAAAUUAUUCUAAAAUUAA